AUGGAUAUGUACGAUGCAACUGCAAAUGUCGCUGAUGUUCAUCAGGUGUUUGAUGAAAUACCCAAUAAGAAUGUCGUGUGCUGGACUUCGCUGAUUUCCUCGUAUGUGCAGAAUCAGAAACCAAACAGAGCCAUAGAGAUAUUCAGGAAAAUGCAAAUGGAUGACGUGGAGCCUGAUCAGGUAACAUUCACUGUUGCAUUAUCGGCCUGUGCUGAUCUGGGGGCAUUGGAUAAAGGGGAGUGGAUUCAUGAUUUGAUAAGUCGAAAGCCGGAGUUUAGUGAGGAUUUAUGUUUAAUGAAUGCUCUGUUGAACAUGUAUGUAAAAUGUGGGGAUAUCAGAAAAGCUAAGUUGCUGUUUGAUAGUGUUAAAAUAAAGGAUGUUAGGACUUGGACUUGCAUGAUUGUUGGGCAUGCAUUACACGGCCAAGCAGAGGAAGCGCUAAGGCUGUUUUCAGCAUUGGAAGCAGAAAACAAGUCAAGAUCAAGUAAAAGCCGAGGGACUAAGAACCAAUUACUUGUUCCCAAUGAUGUCAUGUUUAUAGGGGUUUUAAUGGCUUGUAGCCAUGCGGGAAUGGUGGAAGAGGGGAAAAGGUAUUUUAGAAGUAUGAUUGAGGAGUAUGGCUUAAAGCCUAGGCUUUCUCACUUUGGCUGCUUGGUGGAUAUGUUAUGCCGUUGUGGGCUGCUAAACGAGGCGUAUAGUAUUAUUUUGGCAAUGCCAAUUCAGCCAAAUGCAGUAAUAUGGAGGACAUUACUGGGUGCCUCUGGCGUUCAUGGCAAUGUAGAACUUGCUGCAGUGGCUCGGUCUAAAUUAGGCAAGUUAGAGGUUAGUGUCGUUGGUGAUGAUGUUGCAUUGUCUAAUAUUUAUGCUGCCAAAGGCAUGUGGGAGGAGAAAGUAAUGCUUAGACAUGAGAUGAGACAAAGGAGAACUCCUGGCUGCAGUUCAGUUGGGGUGGGAAAGUUGCAUUCUUGA